GAUUGCAGUUGCAGUUCCUUGCUCCUCGUACCCGGUACCACUCUGCCGAACGGAUAUAUAUAUCGAUGAAACGAUAGUAAAACCACGAAACACACCGACCCCGAGUCCCAAUCGCACUGACAGUGACACCGCCUUCAAAGCUUCAAGCUCUUUCAGCGCAGCUCGGUUCAGUUCAGCUCCCGAAAACCACUCAAUUCGUGUCCGGAUCCAUUACGCCUGCUCCUAUUCCAUUAACAAAUCCGAAAACUUCUCUCCCUCGAGAUCCCUGCCUCUCGUAAAGUUUGCCUUUUUUUAUCCUUUCCUUUGUGUUGAUCUCGGACGCUCAUUUCCUUUUCUUGAUUAAUUCGUUCACAAUUCCAUAGCGUGCUGUUUUCUCACGGCCUUUGAGCUUUAUUAUUGCUAUUAUUAUAGUUUCCCUGUUCCUGGAUUUGGAUUCGUGGGGUUCAUGUCUGAUUCAACGCCCGGUGUCUCCCUCUCGUCUCUCCGAGUAAAACUGGAAGCCCGGGUUUGAUUUUCACAAGAGAUAAUAAGAGGGAUUUUAGGGCCAUUUGGUUUAUGUUUGAAUUUUAGUUUUCGAAAAACAAAGAGGAAAAAUGAGGAUGGCGAAGUCUCAGGUAUGGCAACCCUGCAAGAAGAAGAGAUCUUGAUCCGUAAGCUCUUCAGAGAGCGGAAUUCGAUUCUAGAGAGAGAGAGAGAGAGAGAGAGAGAGAGAGGGCGGAGAAGCUGAGGAAGUGAAGGGUUUCGAUUGUGGAGUGGAGUGAUUUUGAGAUUGGAGAGGGAGAAGAUGGCGUCGCGGUCCAGCAAUAACAGCAGGACACGCGUGGGGAAGUACGAGCUGGGUCGGACCCUGGGCGAGGGAAAUUUCGCCAAGGUCAAGUUCGCUCGGAACGUCGAGACCGGAGAGAAUGUGGCAAUCAAGAUUCUCGACAAAGAAAAGCUUCUCAAGCACAAGAUGAUCGUCCAGAUUAAACGUGAAAUCUCAACGAUGAAACUGAUAAGACACCCAAAUGUUAUCCGUAUGUAUGAGGCAAUGGCUAGCAAGACGAAGAUAUACAUUGUUUUGGAAUUUGUGACUGGUGGAGAACUUUUUGACAAAAUUGCAAGUAAAGGGAGGUUGAAGGAAGAUGAAGCUAGAAAGUAUUUUCAGCAACUUAUCGAUGCGGUGGACUACUGUCAUAGCAGAGGUGUAUUUCAUAGAGACCUAAAGCCAGAGAAUUUACUGCUGGAUGUUAAUGGAGUUCUUAAGGUUUCAGAUUUUGGAUUGAGUGCGCUACCACAACAAGUUCGAGAAGAUGGGUUGCUCCAUACAACAUGUGGUACGCCAAAUUAUGUUGCUCCAGAGGUGAUCAACAACAAAGGCUAUGAUGGAGCAAAGGCAGAUCUGUGGUCAUGCGGUGUGAUUCUUUUUGUCUUAAUGGCUGGCUAUUUACCUUUUGAAGAAUCCAACCUCGCAGCAUUAUAUAAAAAGAUAUUCAAGGCUGACUUCACAUGUCCCCCAUGGUUCUCCUCAAGUGCAAAGAAACUAAUUAAAAGAAUUCUGGACCCUAGUCCCUCAACACGGGUUACAAUUGCUGAGGUCAUUGAGAACGAGUGGUUUAAGAAAGGAUACAAGCCGCCUAGUUUUGAGGAAGCUGAUGUCAGUCCUGUUGAUGUGGAUGCUAUCUUCAAUGAAAUAGGAGAUUCCAGAGAGCUUGUUGUUGAGAGGCGGGAAGAAGGGCCCGUGGCACCGGUCACCAUGAAUGCAUUUGAGCUCAUCUCUACAUCUCAGGGCCUCAACCUCAGUAGUCUCUUUGAGAAGCAGAUGGGCUUUGUUAAAAGGGAAACAAGAUUCACAUCCAAAUCUCCUGCUAACGAGAUAAUCUCAAAAAUUGAGCAAGCUGCAAUGCCUCUUGGUUUCAAUGUAAAGAAAAGUAACUUCAAGUUGAAGCUUCAUGGUGAAAAAACUGGACGUAAAGGUCAUUUAGCUGUGGCAACGGAGAUUUUUGAGGUGGCGCCUUCACUCUACAUGGUUGAGGUUCGCAAGUCUAGAGGAGAUACACUAGAAUUUCACAAGUUCUAUAAGAGUCUCACAGCUGGGCUGAAAGAUAUUGUUUGGAAAACUGAUGAUGAAGCAGAGGAAAGAAAAGAAGGUGAAGGUGUUGUAGCAUCUGGAUAAGGGGUUGUUUCAUCUGGCAUUUAUGUUGUGAUCGUUCUCCCUAGGCUUCCUGGUGAAAUUAUUCGAAACGAUACAUCAUGGUUUGUACUGUUUGCAUGUUGAGUGUGUCGUCUUGAUCACUUGACCCUCUGAUUCUGAACUGGGUUCUUGACUAGACAGUGUGGAUGUUUCUUCUUUGUUCAAUUGGGUAUCAUCUCUCUCUUAUAUUUUUGUGAAAAAAGUUGAUGUACCCAAUUGUGGUUGAGAUUGGAGUAUUAAGUUGGUAUUACUUCUC